CCAUACCCACUUCCCUCUCUACAUCGGUAAAACGAAAAUUCCACUUCGCCGAGAAACUGGAGAUCUGAAGAUAAUUGCGAGGAGAAUCGAUCAAGCGAUUGAUCGAAAUUUCAAUUAAAAAAGAAGGAAGGAAAAGGGGGAAAAAAAUGCUGGUCGACGCGGGCGUUGAAGACGAGGAGAAGUGUUUGGCCGAGGGCAUCGCCGGCCUCCAGCAAAAUGCCUUCUACAUGCACCGCGCUCUCGAUUCCAACAACCUGAGGGACGCUCUCAAGUUCUCCGCUCAGAUGCUCUCCGAGCUCAGGACUUCUCGCCUUUCUCCUCACAAAUACUACGAGCUCUAUAUGAGGGCGUUUGAUGAGCUGAGGAAGCUGGAGAUGUUCUUCAGAGAGGAGACGAAGAGCAGAUGCUCCGUGAUCGAUCUCUACGAGCUCGUGCAGCAUGCCGGCAACAUCUUGCCUAGAUUGUAUCUCCUCUGUACAGUAGGAUCUGUAUACAUAAGAUCGAAGGAGGCUCCUGCUAAGGAUGUUCUCAAGGACCUUGUGGAAAUGUGUCGUGGCAUACAACAUCCUGUUCGUGGGCUUUUCUUGAGGAGCUAUCUCUCUCAAGUAAGCAGGGACAAGUUGCCUGAUAUUGGAUCAGAGUAUGAGGGGGAUGCAGAUACUGUUAUAGAUGCCGUUGAGUUUGUCCUUCAGAACUUCAUAGAGAUGAAUAAACUCUGGGUCAGGAUGCAACAUCAGGGACCUGCCAGGGAGAAGGAGAAGCGGGAAAAGGAGAGGAACGAGCUCCGUGAUCUUGUUGGCAAAAACCUGCAUGUACUUAGUCAGAUAGAGGGUGUUGACCUUGAUAUGUACAAAGAAACUGUACUUCCCAGAGUAUUAGAGCAGGUUGUUAACUGUAAAGAUGAGCUAGCUCAGUAUUACUUGAUGGACUGUAUAAUUCAAGUCUUCCCUGAUGAAUACCACUUACAGACUCUCGAAACAUUGUUGGGCGCAUGCCCUCAGCUUCAGCCAACAGUCGAUAUCAAGACAGUGCUGUCUCAACUUAUGGACAGAUUAUCAAAUUAUGCUGCUUCAAGUGCAGAGGUCUUGCCAGAAUUCUUGCAAGUUGAAGCUUUUGCCAAAUUAAGCAAUGCUAUUGGGAAGGUCAUUGAAGCACAAGUUGAUAUGCCUGUUGUUGGAGUAAUAACUUUAUAUGUGUCGCUCCUUACGUUCACUCUUCGUGUUCAUCCUGACCGUCUUGAUUAUGUCGAUCAAAUACUGGGUGCAUGUGUUAAGAAACUUUCAGGCAAAGGAAAGCUUGAGGAUAGCAGAGCAACUAAGCAAAUUGUUGCACUUUUGAGUGCCCCGUUGGAGAAGUAUAACGACAUUGUCACUUCUUUGAAUCUUUCAAACUAUCCGAAAGUCAUGGAUCAUCUUGACACUGCUACAAAUAAAGUCAUGGCAGUGGUCAUUAUCCAAAGUAUAAUGAAGAACAACACCUGCAUAUCUACUGCAGAUAAAGUGGAAGCUUUAUUUGAACUAAUGAAAGGGCUUAUCAAGGACAUCGAUGGGACUCUAGAUGAUGAGCUUGAUGAAGAGGACUUCAAGGAGGAACAGAACUCUGUUGCUCGUCUUAUUCAUAUGUUAUACAAUGAUGAUCCUGAAGAGAUGCUGAAGAUUAUAUGCACUGUGAGGAAGCAUAUUCUUCUUGGUGGACCAAAACGUCUCGCUUUCACUGUACCUCCCCUUGUGUUUUCUGCCCUGAAGUUGGUAAGGCGUUUGCAAAGCCAGGAUGGAGAUGUAGCUGGAGAAGAGGUUCCCGCAACACCAAAGAAAAUAUUUCAGAUCUUACAUCAGACCAUAGAGGCAUUAUCAUCUGUUCCGUCCCCAGAACUUUCCCUAAGGCUGUACUUGCAGUGUGCUGAGGCUGCUAAUGAUUGCGAUCUAGAACCUGUUGCAUAUGAGUUCUUCACUCAAGCAUUUAUUCUUUAUGAAGAAGAAGUUGCAGAUUCAAAAGCACAAGUGACUGCUAUACAUUUAAUAAUAGGAACCCUUCAGCGGAUGCAAGUUUUUGGAGUUGAGAACAGGGACACAUUGACACAUAAAGCCACAGGGUAUUCCGCAAAGCUUUUAAAGAAACCAGAUCAGUGCAGAGCAGUGUAUGCAUGCUCACAUCUCUUCUGGGUUGAUGAUCAAGAUGGAAUCAAGGAUGGAGAAAGGGUCCUCCUCUGCUUAAAGCGCGCCUUGAGAAUUGCAAAUGCUGCUCAACAGAUGGCCAGUGCAACACGGGGUGGCAGUGGACCUGUCUCAUUGUUUGUUGAAAUAUUGAACAAGUACCUAUACUUUUUUGAGAAAGGAAAUCCUCAGAUCACGAGUUCUGUAAUCCAGGGUUUGAUUGAAUUGAUCACAACUGAGAUGCAAAAUGAUAAUUCACCAUCAGAUCCAUCUGCUGAUGCUUUCUUUGCUAGCACUCUAAGAUACAUUCAUUUCCAGAAGCAGAAGGGUGGUGCUAUGGGUGAAAAAUAUGAGCCCAUAAAGGUUUGAUCUGUGCGGGUUCUUCUAAGAAGAAACAAAAAGGGGCGCAUUGCUCUAUUCUGUUCAAUCCUAAAAUCCGUAGUUCUUGAAUACCAUGGUAAUGAUUUGAUGACUUUGUGUAAGCUUAUUCUGUGAAUUCACAUUGAUUCUGGCGUUCGUGUCGUGUCCAGUGGUGAUAAUCAAGAAUAGAUGUAUUGAUAAGCAACCAGGAAAGCAUCAUGUUGAUGACUUCGAAGGGUUCAUUUAUGUAGAUAUCACAGGCUCUUGUAAAAUUAUUAGGUGAUUCAUACCGUUCGAUUUUGAAGUGACUUAAUAAUGUCAGUGUGAUUCUGUUUUAUCUGAUCAUUUUGAUUUUAUUUUGACAUUGUUAGUACUCUGAAGAGUACAGAGGACAAAUACAUGGAAAUAUGAUGUGAAAACAAUGUUAUCAUGAUUUGAACCAAA